AUGAACUUCCGUCCCAUGGUUUCCAAGUUCAUACUUGUCCCUACUUCUCACCUUUCUCUAGCCAGUUUUCCGCCAACAAACCAUUUCUGUCAUUUCCCCAGACUUGCUUUCUCCAGAUGCAGUCCUGCUCUCUUCUCCAGAACCAAUACUGAUUCCCUUCCUUAUGGACCAUCUCUUUUAAAGGGCAAUCUCCCACCCUCUGAUUGCUCACAAGAGAAGGAACAGCAUCCUUGCCAGUGUAAGGGUAAGGAGGAAGAAGAAGAGGAUGACGACGGUGUGAUUGAUAAAGAGGGCUUUACUAGGGUGUUCGACAUAGCAGCAGUUCGGGUUCCUUCCAAGUACUGUUUUGUUCUUGAGAGUAGAAUUCGAGGUCAUUUGCUGAAUUGGCCUAGAAUUCGCAACAUUGCUAGAGUUCCAGGUGAUGAGGUGGAAGAGGAAGUUGUCCCUUUGUUAGGAGAGUCUCAUAGUUGGAGCGGAGAUGAAGAAGCAGGUAAGCUAACUUCUCUGCAAAGGAGAAUUCAUGGGAAAGCAGAGGUGGAUGGCGAGGAAUUGAGUCCAGUUCUGUACAGGGAUAGAUUGGCCAAGGAAUUUAAUGCGAAGGGUUUUGUUAAGUUUAGGAACUUGGCAAAGAUUUCACGGCCUAAGAAGACGAAGGUGAAGCAGAAGGAAGGAGGUAGAGGUGGACAGGGAGAGGGAGAGGGAAGACAUGAAAACAAUGAGUUUGCAAUGUUGGAGGUUGUGGAAGAAGGCAUUGGAGAUGAGUGGAAGGGCUUGUUAGGGGACGAGUUUAAUGGAAGGAAGAGAUGGAUGGGCUCAACAAGGCUUUUGCUUUUGGAUGAGAGAUAUGCCAACAAGACAUUGGAAGGGUUGCCCCAAGCUGUCAAGGCUGCACUGGAAGAAGCUAUGAGCGAGAACUUAGCACAUUCAUUUGAGCUUGUUAGAUGCAAGCUGACUUUGUUCUAUGAUUACUGGCUUAUGAAUGAGAUUUUAGAGGCCUUGCUCCCGAAGGAUAUGAUUAUUCCAUCUGCAUUUGAAACUGUCGGCCAUAUUGCACACCUGAACCUGAAAGAGGAACAUAUACCAUAUAAGAAGAUUAUAGCAAAGGUUAUUUUGGAUAAGAACAAACCAAAGAUACAAACAGUAGUGAAUAAGGUUGAUGCCAUAAAUAAUGACUACAGAACUAUGCAGCUUGAAGUCUUAGCGGGGAAUCGCUCUCUUGUCACGACGGUAGUUGAGAAUGGAUUGAGAUUCCAUGUUGAUUUAGCUACAGUGUAUUGGAACUCCCGGCUUGCAACCGAAAGACAAAGACUUCUGCAGGGAUUUACACACAAAGAUGUUCUUUGUGACGUCUUCUCUGGUGUUGGUCCGAUAGCUAUAUCUGCUGCAAGGAUAGUAAGACGGGUUUACGCCAAUGACUUGAACCCUUAUGCAGUUGAUUACUUGGACAGGAAUAGUGUUCUCAACAAGCUUGAGAAGAGGAUUAAGGUUUUCAACAUGGAUGGGAGAAGGUUCAUUGAUGCUAUGUUCACGAGUGAGAAAGCUCAGUCAAUCACCCAGGUGGUCAUGAACUUGCCUAAAGAUGCAGUCGAAUAUCUAGAUGCUUUCAGGGGUGUAUUCAGUGAUAAAAGAUUGAAAGAAGAUUAUACUUUCCCGACAAUCCACGUCUAUGGAUUCUCCAAAGCUAAAGAUCCCGAAUUCGACUUCCACGAGAGGAUAAGAAUGGCACUGGGAGAGGUGGGAGUGAAUGUCGAAAUGCGGAAGGUUCGCCUUGUUGCCCCUGGGAAAUGGAUGCUGUGUGCUUCCUUCGUUCUUCCUGCUUCUGUAGCAUUCACUGCUACUGAUACACAACAUUAA